AUGUCUCUGACUGAUGCUCAGGUGCAUCCCUUGCGAAUCAACAAGACCACCACUCCAGGCAAAUCUCCUUCCACAAUGGCGAGCGGAAUCCCUCGUCCGCUGUCGGAACUUUCACCGACAGAGAUGAGAAGAAACUCGCCCAGCUGGCACAGACAAUCGAAUGGUUCUCCCAAGAAAUCUUCAGGAAACCCCGAUUCGUCACCCUUCCAAUCUUCCCCUUCAGAAAUUACCUCUCCACGCCUGUUUUGGCAGAACCGCAACACAGAAAACAUCUUUGGACCUGGAUCCCCAUCGUCACACCGCCGCUCUUCCAUCGAGCGCCUUCAAAAAGCAUCCCGCGUAAAGAACAGCAACAUUCUAGCACUCGAGCAAAAACAAGAAUAUGAUCCCACACGACUUCCUCAGAUCGAAAGACCGCUUGCUAAGGUCCAAGCAAAUUCGUUCCAUGGAUCGACUGCGUCUUUCCGCUCAUCAACCACUGACCGCCCCAACUUUGGACAUGGCCGAAGUGAGAGCGCAAUGACGGUUCCCACCAUCAGCCCAACCAGAUCUACAACCUCUCAAUCCGGAGGUUCACCAAAUCGUCCCCUCACACCAAGCCGGGAUCAAGUGUCACCUACAAAGUCGUCCCUAUCCCACUCCCGGUUCAAGAACAGCUUUGAUAUGGAAACUGGCACCUGGACCUUUGGCUCUCCCGAGGAGGAGGAGGAUCACCCCAUGGGUCGCCGUCAUGCAAAGAGUGUGACUUUUGAUGCUGCACCUCCGCAGGUGAACGAAUAUGAAAUGACAACUCCCGACCUCUCAUCUAUCGGGACCAACUCUCGUGAGGGAAGCUAUGAGUCGUUGGAGUAUGACGAGGAGGACAGUGAUGUUCUCUACGAUCCUGGACAUGCUGAUCUCGAGGGCGACAGCUUUGAUGCUUCUCUCGAAGACACAGACAAGACACCUGUCGUUGGCCCAGACGAUUGGAGAGGAGACAGCCCGAUGACAACACGCACUGCCCCGCGCGAGUUCGACGGCAGCCCUAUGCCCGAAACACCCCGCGCGUCAUUGAAUGGCGGUCGUCCCCUGCAUGUACGCUCUGAUUCCACUGCUUCUAGCGGUGAGCACCGACCUCUACCGCCUCUUCCUGGCUUCUUGAGUCAUUCCCGUAACAACUCAGCACCAUCCUCUCCCGCCUCCCCUAGCCUAUCGGCAACUGCAGAGCGAAUGCUUGGAAAUCAGAGGAACCUGCCCUCUCCUCCUGCCGCAUCACCCGCGAGCAAGCUGGACAUUCAGAGUAUUGGCAACGCCAAGAUGUCGCUUGAGGAGCGACUAAGGCUCAUGAUGCUGUCUGAUGAUAGCGAUGGCAAGACUGCGGCUGAACAGCAGCGUGAGCGUCGCCUUCGUAGGGGUAAUGGCCGCGAGCGACUGAGCAGCCCCAUCUCGGAGCCUGAGGAGUCCAUGAUGAGCUUCAAUGACGCUCUUGAGGAGCAAGACGACAUGGUCGGCGAGAUGUCGGCACUUGAAGACUACCAACUCCCCCCUCGCAUCUCGCGUGACUCAAUCAUGCGAAAGGUCAAUGGAAACAGCAACUCUGCUGACCAAGACAAGGACUGCAUCUUCACUUCUCCUCCUGCCUCGCGAAGCCCUAGCCGAAGCCCUGAGAGACAGAUCCCUGACGACCCUGAUGUUCCUAUUCCUUCUACCGAAGACUCUCUUCUCUCUGAGGAUGACGAGACGGAGGAUGACGAUGAGGAGCAGGAAGGCAGUGUCAUCAUCAGGAGAAUCCCUGAUAGCGAGAUUGAGUUCUAUGAGGACUCCGAUAUCGAUUUCGAUGAGGAUGAGUCAAGGCUGGAGCUGCCAGUAGACGAUGAUAGCGAGAGCCACUAUUCUUCGCAAGAGCCCACACCACGGGAAAUCAAGCUCGAGGAGGUCGAAGCCAAACUUCAAGAGCAAGUCCCAGAACCUGAGGAGAUUCAGGAGGAGGUGACAACGCCUACAACUGCCACUCCCAUACAAAGUCAGAGCAUGUCUUCGCUUCUUGACAUCGCUUCCAAUGACAAGGACGCGUCGUUCUCGCGAGACUUUGAGUCUUACAUGCUUCCUGAACCACAGAAGCCCGAGGUCGACGACGAGCCUGUCAAGGAAGACAAGGAGCCCCAGCCUGAGGCGCCCAAGAUGGCCGAUGCCCAGGCCUUCCUUCAGCGACCAUUCACUCCUGAGCAACCUCUAUCCAAGCCUGAAUACGAUGGCACUGGCUGGGGUGACCCCGAAGACGAGUAUGACGACGAUUGUCCAAGCACGCCAGACUCAGUCAUCCAUCACCCAGUUCCUGCUAUUGAGGAGCCUGAACUACCCGCCAUCCCUGAGCGAACUGCCACGAUCAAGGCGACUGGUUCAAAGCUCAAGACUCGUCUUUCCAACACACCUUCCGACCUCAAUGCUAUGAGAGAAGCCCGCCGACAAGUCAGCAUGGAGGUUCCUGUCGUCCCACCAAUUCCUGACAAGCAUACCAAGCGACUGUCCAGGGACAACACCGGACUCUUAGUUACCGGCGACGAAUUUAUCAACAGACAUCCUAGCUUUAAGAACCGCAGUUUGACUUUGGAUCUCGACCUAGGUCUCAGCCUCGAUCAAGACUUUGAGCGAGUCAUUGAGGCACAAAAGGUGGCUUAUAACAACCCCUUCCUUACCCAACCUCCAACAUACAAUUCCAGCCCAAGCAGACAAGUGUCUGCAACCAGAAGUCAACAACACAAUAAUGAAGAACUCGAUGCUAACGUAACAUUUCGUCGCCAGCGCGGUUAUCUUAUGCGACAAAACACUAAGGUUGUCACGGCGAGUGACAAGGACAUGGAAGAAUUCCGUGUUACAAGGUCAGUUGGGAACUCUCCCGUCAAGGAGGACAGGCCGAUGUCGUGCAUUGUCGAGCCUUGGAACGGAAAGCCCCGCCAGCGAAGCGUCCGAAAGCGUGUCGGUGGCAGUAUUGGCCCUGUUCCUCCUCUGCCUGGACAAGAGAGCAACGCAACAGCUGUUAACCAGGCUGCUGUCGAGGAGGACUUGUCUCUCGAGAUGGCUACGCCGGAGAGCGGAGAAAGAGGUCGUCUUUUCGUCAAGGUCAUGGGUGUCAAGGACCUUGACCUACCUCUACCAAAGAAAGCAGAUGAGCGUACUUGGUUCAGCCUCACACUUGACAAUGGUGUCCACUGCGUGACAACAGCCUGGUUGGAGCUGGCACGCAACGCACCGAUUGGCCAGGAAUUCGAACUUGUUGUUCCUAAUGACCUCGAGUUCCAACUCACACUCAACGUCAAGCUUGAGAAGCCCAUUGAGCGUGCCAGACCGCCACCACCCGCCGCCAAGGUUCACAAGCACAAGGCGUCGACCUUCAGCAGAGUGUUUGCGUCACCCAAGAAGCGCAAGGAACUCGAGCUUCGCCAGCGAGAAGAAGAAGAACGAGCUGUUCAACUACAGAAGGAUGCUCAAGCUAAGCAGCGCAACGUCCCUCCAACAGCAUACGAGCUUCUUUCUCCUUUGGCUGCAGAGGACGGCAGCUUCGGUCGUGCUUAUGUUUGCCUUCGAGAGCACGAGAGUCGAUGUUUCGGUCGACCUUAUCUUGCUGAAGUUGCGUGCUUCAACGAAUGGGCGACCGAAGAGGCUGGUUUUGCGUCCAGCGUCAAGAGCAAGCGCGGCAACACGAACGUUGUCCGCCGUGCACCAUACAAAGUGGGUAAGCUGGAGCUUCAGCUCCUGUUUGUCCCUCGCCCCAAGAACGCUACAGACGAGGACAUGCCCAAGAGUAUGAACUCGUGCAUUCGCGAGCUCAAGGCUGCAGAGGAGAGAAUGUCCCGCAACUGGGAGGGACAUCUGAGCCAGCAAGGUGGUGAUUGUCCUUACUGGCGUCGCCGAUACUUUAAGCUUGUUGGUACCAAGCUCACAGCUUACCACGAGGCAACUCGCCAGCCUCGAGCCACCAUCAACCUAGCUAAUGCCAAGCGGAUGAUCGAUGAUCGUCGGGCCUUGACGGAGAAGGAGACCACCGGUAGGGGUGGCCGCCGUCGUCGCUCAGCGUUUGCGGAAGACGAGGAAGGCUACAUGUUUGUCGAAGAAGGAUUCCGCAUCCGAUUCAACAACGGUGAGCUUAUCGACUUUUACGCAGACACAGCUGCGGACAAGGAAGGCUGGUUGAAGGUCCUCACCGAGGUUGUCGGCCGUGACAGCCCAGAAGAGGAAUCUUCAAAUCAGCGCUCAAAAGCCAAGUGGUGUCAGUUAGUCCUUCGACGAGAAGAGCAACUACGUCGCCGCGCAUCAGGUCGCCGAGUGAACUCAAGACCUAAGAGUGCUGGGCGCCGGGCGCCAUAUGAUGACUACCUGGACCUGGCGUUCAGGACCAGCAGGAUAUUAACGAUAGACGUCUCUGUUCGCAAGUCCUCUGGUAUUGGUUUAUAUGGUUAA